AUGGCGGACGCUUUGCCGUCUGAAGUCGCGCAGCGCUUUGACUUGAUCAGGGAUGCUGAUUUCGACCUCGCGCUUCAAACGCUGCGAAGCAUGGACGUACAGGAAAAAGAUCCAAGGCAAGGACAAACAGUCCUUUGGUUUGCUGCUGCUCGUGAAGAGCCGGGAGCACUCAGAUUAGCCAGAGAGUGUAUCAGCAUGGGUGUGGAUGUGGACGUCUUUGACAAAUUCAAGCAGACACCACUGUUUUUUGCCGCCAAGGUUGGCAACUUAGCAGUUGCAAGAUUGCUACUGAUGCUGGGCAUGCAGCCGAACUUCAGAGACGUGUUCGGCCAGACGGCUCUCUAUUAUGCUGUUUCGUACGGGCAUGUCAGCAUGGUACGCCUGCUUGUAGGGAUGGGGGCCGCUGCGGAUGUGGCAUGCCACUUGACAAAAACCCCAAAAGACAUGACAAGAAACACAAAGCUCAAAGGCGAGCUGAACAAGUACAUCCUGGAGCAGAAGCAGCGCGCAGCGCAAGAAAUACAGCGGUGCGGCUCCAAUGAGGAUGAGCUGAGCGAAGUGAUGAGUCGGCAAGCUCAGCGCUUGCACCCCGACAGCGUUUGCCCGGACGGACAAGCGCGCGUAGCUAUGGUGAACUGGCUAUUCCGCCACAUGCCAGAGACGCCUUUCAGCCCGAUUCGCAAGCACCAAGUACAAGUACUCGCAGAAAACACUCGGUAUUUCAUCUGCAUCGCUCCUGCAAGCAUGGCCAAGCGCAUCAGGCGCUCCGAGUGCGAGCUCGUCUUCGACCACAGUGAGCUCUAUAUCAAGGAGUCCUGGUAUGCAGAUUUGUCACCGCACGACUGGUGCGACAAGAUUGGAGUAGCACAGGAAGACACCGAUGCGUACCUGAAGGCCAUUGAGAAGAAUCUUACUGGAUCGGCUCCCAACUCUUUCACCCUGGCCGCGGUGCGAAAACUGGAUGGCAAUGUGGCAGGCUACGUGCACUGCUCACGAAAAUCGACUAGUUCUCAGAAGCUGAAGAUUGCCCACAUAAAGGUGGAUACUGAGCACCAGGGCCAGGGUGUUGCAUCAAUGCUGAUCUCUGCAGCUGAAAACUGCGCGCGCCAGAAGAGCUGGCAGAUCGAAACCACGAGCCUUUCGGUGAUCGAGACAAACUACCGAGCGCGGAGCUGCUACAGCAAGGCUGGUUUCGAAGAAGUGUCGUUUCGCGAGGCCAGCUUUCCAAAAGAUGGUCUGCGUGAGUGCUGGCACACCAUGACGCGCAGCUCUGGCCAUAAACGAGCAGCUAGCGAGUUAUGCGACUUGGACGUGCCAGCUAAGCGCUUCCGAAGACAGUGA